AUGAGGUGUUUCAACAGGAUUCCAUUGUUGGUUUUUAUAUACGCCUACACAUUUUCGAAAAUUUUAUUUUCACAUCAAGCUGAUGGCAACGUCACCAGGCUCGUCAGGAUGAACAACUUCCUCGUCGUCGGAAGGAACCCUCUGAACUUGGAGAAGUGCCCUGAUGGCUCCGAGUUCGUCUACCUUCAGGCCUUCGGCGUCUGCAAGAAGAACGUCAACUUCCUGAACGAGGAGACCAAGGUGUGGUUCCCUUUGGAGCACAAGAAGCCCUCGUCUGGCACUGACACCGAGGAUACCCUCACGAAAUCCAAUAACCCCCUGUUAAGGGCCUACUACGGCUACUGCAAGCCUAACUUCGACAAGUCCGAGAAGUGCACUCUUUCCAUCAACAAGGACGGAGAGGGCGCUGACCGUUUCAGGACCGAGUUUGAAUUAGACUGCGCCAAUCAAGGUCAAUCUCUCUUCAACGGAGCCCUUUUUUGCAUAGAAAAAACAGGCUCUCCUGUUCAGGACGGCGAGGUCGUUUCUCUCGUCGGCUUCAAGGGUUUAGAUAUUGAACCCCGAUGUCCAGAGGACAGAAAGAUUCAAACUGUUACUGCUUUUGAGCUUUCAUCUCCCUUGGUAAACAAGGGUCUCAUAAAUUCCUUUUAUGACGAGGCCUCCAAGAAGUGCGACGGCCACGAGCAGUGCUCUCUCUCUGUGACUGAUGAGGGCCGAUUCAAGAAGUACCGCGUGUUCACUUACAAGUGUGUCGAGCCAUAG